CUCCCACCGGAGGAGUGGCGUUGACAGAAGGACGGUCCGGCACAGAGACGGCAGCACAGUGAGUGCAGCCGCCGUGCAAUGCCGUAUACAAACUCAUCCGAGCAGGGGAAGUAGACUUCUUUACCUUCAUGCCACCGCAGAGGUGACAACGAGAGCCUUACAGAACCAAAGAUCAAGAUUACAGCGGUCGGACAUCAGCAGCCGCUCCGGUGAUCCACGCUGCUCAGCGCAUUCGGUCAGGAGUUUUAUCCCACGUAACCUGGAGAGAUGAGUGGCAGCAAGAAGAUGGAGGAUGAGGCGGUGCUGGACCGCGGGGCGUCCUUACUCAAGCACAUCUGUGACGAGGAGGAGGUAGAGGGUCACCACACCAUUUACAUUGGUGUGCAUGUGCCCAAGAGCUAUCGGCGUCGUAGGCGUCACCGUCGGAGAACCAGCCACAAGGACAGAAAGGAGAAGUUGACAGAGAACGCCUCUGACAAGUCGGACGCAGAAAACAAUGAUGAAGCCAGCAACAGCAUCCUCAAACCUCUCAUCUCACCGGCAGCUGAGAGGAUCCGCUUCAUCCUUGGGGAGGAGGAUGACGGCCCAGCACCUCCACAACUCUUCACAGAGUUGGAUGAACUUCUGUCAGUGGAUGGACAGGAGAUGGAGUGGAAGGAGACGGCCAGGUGGAUCAAAUUUGAGGAGAAGGUGGAGAAAGGAGGUGAACGCUGGAGUAAGCCCCAUGUGGCCACGCUGUCCUUACAUAGCCUUUUUGAACUGCGGACGUGCAUAGAGAAAGGCACCAUCAUGCUGGACAUGGAAGCUUCCACUCUGCCUCAGGUUGUUGAGCUAAUCACUGACAACCAGAUAGAGAUCGGCCAGCUGAAAGCGGACCUCAAGGACAAAGUGAUGUACACAUUGCUUCGGAAACAUCGUCACCAGACCAAGAAGUCCAACCUGCGCUCUCUGGCUGACAUCGGCAAGACGGUCUCCAGUGCAAGUAGGCUGUUUUCCAACCAGGAAAACGCUCGCAGUCCUCUUCAGAACUCUGUGACUUGCCUGUCGAGUCGCAUAUCAAUGGAGGAUUUGCAGUCCCAAAGGAGUACCAGCAUGGACUGGCUUAAUAGUCCCACUACAACUCAUCGGAACCUGACAUCCAGCAGCCUGAAUGACAUUUCUGACAAACCUGAAAAAGACCAGCUGAGAAACAAGUUCAUGAAGAAGUUGCCGAGAGACGCCGAGGCCUCCAAUGUGCUGGUGGGGGAGGUGGACUUCCUGGACACGCCAUUUGUGGCGUUUGUUCGUCUGCAACAAGCUGUGAUGCUGGGAGCCUUGACAGAGGUUCCUGUUCCCACAAGAUUUUUAUUCAUCUUGCUUGGACCCAAAGGCAAAGCCAAGUCGUACCAUGAGAUUGGCAGAGCGAUCGCCACGCUGAUGUCAGAUGAGGUGUUUCAUGACAUUGCGUAUAAGGCCAAGGACAGGCAAGACCUGCUGGCUGGUAUCGAUGAGUUCCUGGAUGAGGUGAUCGUGCUUCCUCCCGGCGAGUGGGACCCAACCAUUAGGAUAGAGCCUCCGAAAUCCCUCCCCUCCUCUGACAAAAGGAAAAACAUGUAUGCAGGAGGGGACUCUCAGAUGAAUGGAGAUAUGCCUUAUGAUGGAGGUCAUGGAGGAGGAGGACACGCUGUCGGGGAUGAGCUGAAGAAGACUGGAAGAUUUUGUGGGGGUCUCAUACUUGACAUGAAAAGAAAAGCGCCUUUCUUUGUCAGUGACUUCACCGAUGCAUUUCACAUUCAGGCCUUGUCGGCCAUUUUGUUUAUUUACCUGGGAACUGUGACAAACGCCAUCACCUUUGGUGGUCUGCUGGGGGAUGCUACGGAAAACAUGCAGGGUGUGUUAGAGAGUUUUCUGGGCACAGCGAUCGCCGGUGGUGUAUUCUGUCUGCUGGCAGGCCAGCCUCUCACCAUCCUCAGCAGCACUGGGCCUGUUCUCGUGUUUGAGCGAUUGCUCUUCAACUUCAGCAGAGAAAAUGACUUUGACUACCUGGAGUUCCGCCUGUGGAUUGGCCUGUGGUCGGCGUUCUUCUGCCUGGCACUCGUGGCCACAGACGCCAGCUUCUUGGUUCAGUACUUCACCCGGUUCACUGAGGAAGGCUUCUCCUGUCUCAUCAGCUUCAUCUUCAUCUAUGAUGCUUUCAAGAAGAUGCUCAAAUUAGCUCACCACUAUCCCAUCAACUCGGAGUUUAAGAUGGAUUAUGUCACGCAGUAUGACUGCCUCUGUAUGGCUCCUACUAUUCUAGAGAACAGUUCAAGCAUAAUCGAUGAUACUGUGGAAGAUACUUCAAUCUGGUACUGGAACAACACUGGUCUGCCGAUGAAUGCCACAUGGUCAUCACUCACAAAGACUGAGUGCUUAAAGUACAACGGAGAGCUGGUGGGGAAGGCCUGUGACUUUGUCCCAGACAUCAGCCUCAUGUCCUUCAUCCUGUUCUUUGGCACUUACACCUGCUCCAUGUGUCUGAAGAAGUUCAAGACCAGCCCGUUCUUCCCCACCACCGUGAGGAAGCUGAUCAGUGACUUUGCCAUCAUCCUGGCAAUCCUCAUCUUCUGUGGUGUUGACAUGUUGGUAGGAGUUGAUACUCCUAAACUCAUUGUGCCAAGUGAAUUCAAGCCAACAAGUCCUAACCGGGGUUGGUUUGUACCCCCCUUCGGAGGAAACCCCUGGUGGGUUUACCUGGCAUCGGCUCUUCCUGCCCUGCUUGUCACCAUACUGAUCUUCAUGGAUCAACAGAUUACUGCUGUGAUUGUCAACCGGAAGGAGCACAAGUUGAAGAAAGGGGCAGGUUACCAUCUGGAUCUGUUCUGGGUGGCCAUUCUCUUGGUGAUUUGUUCCUUCAUGGGUCUGCCGUGGUACGUUGCUGCCACUGUUAUUUCUAUCGCUCACAUUGACAGUCUGAAGAUGGAAACAGAAACAUCAGCUCCUGGAGAGCAGCCCAAGUUUCUGGGUGUGAGAGAGCAGCGACUCACUGGUGUGUUUGUGUUCAUCCUGACAGGACUGUCUGUAUUUAUGUCUCCCAUUUUAAAGUUUAUCCCCAUGCCUGUGCUGUAUGGAGUCUUCCUAUACAUGGGUGUUGCCUCUCUCAAUGGAGUGCAGUUUAUGGAUCGUCUCAAGCUGCUCCUGAUGCCUGCGAAGCAUCAACCAGACCUGAUUUACCUGCGACACGUUCCCCUCAGAAAGGUCCACCUCUUCACCUUCAUCCAGGUCCUGUGCUUGGCUCUGCUCUGGAUUCUCAAGUCCACUGUGGCCGCUAUUAUAUUCCCUGUCAUGAUUCUCGCUCUGGUAGCUGUCAGGAAAGCAAUGGACUACAUGUUCUCCCAGCAUGAACUCAGCUUCCUGGAUGAUAUUAUCCCAGAGAAGGACAAGAAGAAGAAGGAGGACGAGAGGAAGAAAAAGAAAAAACGAGGCAGCAUUGACAGCGACGGUGAAGAUUCUGACUAUCCUUACAAUGAGAAUGUACCCAGCAUUAAAAUCCCCAUGGACAUGAUGGAGCAGGAACCCUUCUUAGGUGAUAAGGCCUCUGACAGAGAGAAGUCCCCAUCAUUCCUUGAACGACACACAUCGUGCUGAGCAGCUUCGCUAUUACCAGGCCAACUGCUUGUCCAGCCCUGAGAUGAGUCCACUGAAGUCUGUGCCUCAGAUUAGAAUAGACAUGGACCCAGACGAUGAUAAUUCUUUCUACUGGAGGAGCAGAGGAUCUGAAACGUCUCUGUAGGGCCCCGAAACACCACCAGGCCAAUCCUGCAGCACCAACAAGACAACUCUCCCUCUUGUCCUUGAUUUCUUUAAUCUUUUUUAACUUUCUUAACUUUUUAACUCUUUCCACAGUUUUAAGACUUUGUGUGGUAGAAAUGAAUAAAGGGAACGCACUAAGAGAAAAAAAAAAACAAAACAAAUGCAGACUGAAUUUUUUUCCCUCAGAAUUGUGUCUUGGUAUUUUUCUCACGGCUCCACAGUAAACAGUUUUUGUUUUCUGACUCAAAACACUGUUAAAUGUAACUCCUUACUGCUCUUCUAUGCAACUCAUCCCACAUAUUGAUGACCAACAGUAAAUGCUGCAGCUCUUUCUGACCAUGCAUGGAAGGCUCUCCCUGCUCUUUUUAUAUAAAUAUAUCAUCUGUCUGAUACAUACAUACAUACAUAUAUAUAAAUAUAUAUGUGUGUGUGUGUAUGAGAUUACUCUAAUAACAUUUUCCUGUAGCAGGAAAAUUAUGUUUUUAUAGCUCUACCUCUUGUUUUAGAUCAAAUGCUCAUGAUGAACAAAUGCAACAUGUUGAUUUUUGACGCAGCGUGGGGUUUUGAUAUUCCUCUCUGUCCUCUUGUAGAGUUGAAAUGAUUUAAGAGAUUCGUUGUAUUAUAGGUGUGAAGGAAAUGUGUGCAAAUAGGUCUUUUAAGUUAACAGUUAAUUAAUGCAUAAUUGUAAGUGCAGAUGAGGCAAAUAUUUUUAUUAUCACUAUUGAUGCAGUUUUGAUUGCUUCUCCUUCUCUUUCUUAUUUUUUCAGUCUUUCUUUCACAUGUUCAGUUCAAAGCUUUUGUUACUUGUUAAAAUGAAAUCGUACGUUUCUUUAAAUUUGUUUUUUAAUGAUUCUGUUGUGUGCAUGAUGGUAACCUUUUCUUGUGUCUUUCACUUUUGUUUCUUUGUGGGUAGAAAACAGUUCAGCAAUACAUAAUCAUCCAAUUUUCCUCAGCCAAACUGAAAAUCUCACUAGGAGUGCAUAUCAUAUAUUUGCUUGUUCUGCACAAACUACUUUACCUAAGUGGCUUAUGAGAGAUUGAUCCAGACUGAAAUUCUUUUGGUAACAAUAUGACAAAUUCAAAGGGAAAUCAAAUCCAUGUAAGCUCUGUGCAGUGGGACAGCUUCAGUCCACAGUUUAUUUCUUUAUGUCACAGCUGCUGUUGGAAUUAUCUGAUGUGAAAACAGGAUUAGCUUUGAUUUUCUUUUUUUGUUUUAUACAUGAAAUGAUUUGGAUUCUUUUCAAGUCUCUUUUAAUAUAAUGCUUGCAUGCCAUACUCUGUGUUCAGAGUGUUAUUGGUUGCUGUUAUCAUUGUGCCACCACAUGAUCCUUUAGUGGAGCCAUUAAGCUGAAAGUUAUGGGGACAAAAUUCACAGUGUGUAUUCUGAACAAGCCCGAAGUUUGCAGUUUGUUUAAGUCGAACACUUGCUCAAAUUGGACACUUAUUUUCUGACUGACACAUGCUGAAACACUUAAUUGUGGUUGUUCAUGCAUUGUUUUUCUGCAUGUUAAAUUAUUUAUCAAAAGGUUCACAGACCUUUCAGUAUUUUUGCAUUGUUUAUUGGAGCAGAAGAAAACUAUGAGCCAUCAGUGACCAACAACUCUCUGUCUACAUAUGUGUGAGUGUGUGAGGACUAUCUUAACAUAGACGUUCAUAGAAUAAAAUCUCUGCAGUUGUUUUUAGGACUUACUCUUCUGUAAAAUGAGGCAGAGGAUGCACAAAUGUCAUAUUCAUUUCAUUUUCACAAACAGAAAAAAUCGAGUCUCUCAAAUCAGACAGCUUGACUUUUAUUGGCCAGUAUUACGUGCAGUUACCACAAGCCAGAAUGGCUUCUUUAGCGCUGUUUGUGAUCAAGCCAUCACUAGAGGGCACACUGAAGCACUUUCUCGCUUGGGUUUUUAAGUCCAACUGGGUGGCAGAAUUAAUUUUAAGCUGGAAGGCCUCCCUGUCAUCAUUACCACUAUAUACAUCAUUUGAAACUGUGAUAAAUUAGCCGCCUUCUUCCUGUUCAAACUAUAUACAUACAGUAAAGGCACGUCGGCCCAAACCAAAAUGCAGCAGGUUACUUUGUACCGUCAUGGUCAUUGUGUUCAGUUUGCUUUUUGUCUGUUUCAUUCAGUUCGUCAGCCGAAGUAACCAUUUGAUUUAAGCUCCACGUCAGUGUUUGUUGCCAUCAACAGCAGAGGGUGGAAACAAGUGUGACUCAAUGUCUGAGACAUUUUAUGUGUGGAGUUGUUAGUUUAUAGUGUGUUGUACUGUGUAAGCAUGGACAAAAAUCUGCAACAUAAAAGGAACAACUUGUUAAUUUUAGCAUACAGAACACUGAUAUAUUACUUUGAUUAACUUUUUGUGACUUUUUAGAACAGGUGAGAUGGUUUAUUUUAGAAUUUAUAUUUUUCAAAUGAAAUGUAUAUUGAAAAUAAACAGAAUGAUCAAAACAUGA